AUGUCCUCUUCAGCCCGGCCUACUGCCAUUCCGCCAUCUCCAACUUCUCCGCCUGAAUCGGGUCUCAAGCGACGGCGCCUGUCUGACAAUCUUCCGCAAUCCCCCAUCUCUCCUUCGUUUAUGUCAGUCGCUACAAAGAGCUAUGUCUCCUCUUACGGAAAUACACAUAAUCCCGACGAGGCUUCGGGGCGAUCGUCUCCGAGCUCACCAAAGGCUUCAGCACCGCGUAGCCAGCAGCCAUUGUCCCGUCCCAUGGCGUCCUUGCCGACUCCUGCACACAGUGUGACGGGCACGUCUUCUGGUUUCGACAUGGCGGAUGAUAUCGAUCAACAUCGGGAUAAGCGGCAAAGACUCGAAUCGGGUAGAGAUCAAGAGGCGGAUCAUAUGGAGGUGGAACCACUUAGAGAGGCAACAAAUCACGACCGGAACGAUGAGAUGGAAAUAGACGGUGAAAGAUCGAGCAAGGGAAAGAGCGCAGAACUGGGAGAAAAUGAGCAGGCCGCACCACUAACGGUGGAUGAGAAGACCCUGGAACAACUACAGAAAGACAUGGGCGAAGCCUUUCUUCUCUGCAGAUCCAAAGUUGAGCGCCAGAAGCCGAACCCGCAGCAGCAUCUGUUGGCAUUAUAUGGGCUGGGUCCAUUAUUACACAGUGUCGCCCGCACGGAUCCGAGGACUGGGGAGAAAAUCAACAAGCUACGAAAAUCGUACGAAGGUCAAAUCAAGGGGUUUGCCUUGGCUGGGCGAAACAAGCCUGUCAAGGGAGAACGAAACGUGGAAGAAGAUCAGCCCGGACCGUUGCGGCGUAGGGUGGGGUCGUCUCCUUGGGGUCUUCAGCCGGAUGAGCAGUGGAAUGCAGAGCAUGCGAAAUCCAGCAUCGAAGUUACUGCAGACUUCAGAGCCAAGUUGAAACAAGCCAUGCAAAUGCAGCCGGGGACCGUUCGCAACAACGCCCACUGGGAGGACGUGCUCGGAUUCGACAAGCCGAAACCGAACGUGGCGCCGGUGCAACAGCCCAUCCCGCGCCCGGUGGCAAACGGAGUGGUACGACAACCUCAACCACCUUCUGCAGACGCAAAACGACAGACUCGCGGGAAAAAGCGGAGUUAUGGCGAUGACAGUUUUGUUGGAUAUGGAGAGGGUUAUUCGGAUUUUGAAGAUGGAGAUGGCGACGAAUAUGGCAGCCAGAGGAAACGGAAAAAGGUGACAGCCACGGAUUACUGA